AAGCCGGAAUCAGACGUUAACAAUUUUCAGUUACGAUCCCAAAGCGAGAAGCUCACACUUAUAAACUCCAGCUUACAUCAACUUCAGAUUUAUCAUUAAACCAAAGCGAAAUAACAGGCUGCACGGACGACCGAAAACCGCAAUGGAAAUCGCUCAGGUGGGGAAGAUCAUUUCGCAGCGGUUUUCUGUUUCUUCUUUCAUAACCUUUGGACUGUGUCUCGUGUUGACCAUCACGAUUCUUCAUUUCGAUGCAAGGACCAGAAAGAUAGAAGAGAAAUCAACCGCAAACCGUUUCCUUUCCAAGAAAUCUCUGGAUGACAAAGCUGUUCACACGCCAACUUCACAGGACCCGGUCCUGGGUCCCUGUAUGCCCGGUGGGAUGCAACAAGAUGUCCACGCAACACCAGUCUGGUAUACGAUAAACCAUUUCCAUUACCAGAAAUGUCUCGAUGAUAAAGAUGUUCACACGCCAAAACCCGGUCCUGGAUCCCUGUAUACCCGGUGGGGUAGAACAAAAUGUCCACGUAAUUCCAGUCUGGUAUACGAUGGUGUGGUUGGUGGAUCAGCGUAUAACGAAACAGGCGGAGGAAGUAAUCUCUUGUGUCUACCUAACGAUCCCAUUUGGGCCAGUUAUACUCCAGCAGCUGAAGGUUAUGGUCACAUGUAUGGCAGUGAAUAUGAAAUAUUAUCAUAUGGGAAAAAAAUCUUUUCUUUUGCUAAUGCUGAAUCACUUCAUGAUCACAACGUUCCGUGUGCUGUCUGUUUGACACGACAACCUGCUGUUGUUAUGAUGUUACCAGCCAGGACACAGUGUUACUCUGGUUGGACGGCUGAAUAUUCAGGAUAUUUGAUGACCGAGCGUCAUAGUCAUAAGGGCAGACAUGAAUAUGUGUGUGUGGAUUAUGCACCAGAAGCUGAUCCAGCGGGUUACAGAGACGAAAAUGGAGCUUUAUUAUAUUUUGUGGGGGCAGUUUGUGGUUCAUUGCCAUGUCCACCGUAUGUCUAUGGUCGCGAAUUAACCUGCGUUGUGUGCAGUAAAUAUAGUUGAAUUUGCUUCUCUAUGAAAACCUACGUUAACCAAUUACAAGACAUAAUAUAAUACCAUAAACAAUAAAGACAUUUUAGAUUCUGUUUGAUAAUAUUUUAUCGAAGUUAUAUAAAUCGUUAAAAUACUCUGCGCUACUAGUUAACAGAAAAAUAAUAUAAUGGAGAGAAAAUCGACGCCAGAGAAUGUGAGAAUUAUGCUUAUAGAACAAUGCAAAGCUGAGUGAAUAAUUCUAGAUAAACAUUGUAUAAGGAUCAGUUCAUAAAACUAAAAUGUGGAAAUAAAAUUGUAUUUCGUUUAACUGUA